AUGUCUGAUAGCCACGACUCCACAGACACGAUAGGGAAUAAAUAUCCACAGCAGGGACAUCAAGGUCGGCCACGUAACGUGGUACUCUAUGGGGAGAGUGGGGUAGGCAAAAGCUCGCUCAUAAACCUUAUCAUGGGUCGUGAUGCAGCGAAAACAUCUCCUGAUGCCCUCGCAUGUACUACUACACAUGCUCCAUAUGAUGCGACGAUCAGCGGGCAACACUUCAGGCUGUGGGAUACAGCAGGGUUAAAUGAGGGCUCAGAAGGCACAGUGCCUGCGGUGAUGGCUGAAAGGAACUUGACUGCGUUCCUCCGAGGUCUUAACCAGGAAAAUGGUGUCCAUCUUCUUUUAUACUGUGUGCGCGGAACGCGAGCAACAAAGGCUCUGCAGACUCACUACAAGAUAUUCUCGGCAAGUCCUGUGAUGGCAGAGUGGUGGAACGAGAACAAGGACGAGCUUGCAACGUAUGGAAUGCAAUUCUCUGGAUAUGCUUGCGUCACCACUUUGAAUGAUGAACCCACAGAGUCCCCGGAUAUUCACCAACGUCAUGCACAGUCUUACAAUGAUGUCUGCAGAAGCAUCCUAGACCAUUGUUCGCAAACUCCUCACAAAACGUGGGGCACUGAUACUAUCAAAGAUCAGCGAAGCUUCCUCGCGAUUUUGCUGCAGAAGUUAGCUCGUUUUGUUGGAGGAGCUCACCGUGACCAGGAUGCCUUAAAAGCAUCUUUAUCGUAG